UUCACAGUCACAUCAUAAACACUUCCGCAUAGAGGAUUUUUUCUGGUCACUGAGAAAAAACAACCACCCCUCUUCAUUCAGCGCCCAACCCCGUGCUUCAUCAUGUUGAGAAACGCUGCCCGUCUUGCACGCCCUACUUUGGCCACCUUUGCCAAGGCUCCGGCUAUGCGCAUCAAUGCUGCUGGUGCCGCCACUGCCUUGAGAAACUAUGCCACUGCCAAGCCCUCGACCUCUGAAGUGUCGUCCGUUCUUGAGCAGCGCAUUCUCGGCGCCUCUGCUGAGGCUGACCUCCAGGAAACCGGUCGUGUCCUGUCCAUUGGUGACGGUAUUGCCCGUGUUUACGGUUUGAAGAACUGCCAGGCCGAAGAAAUGGUUGAAUUCUCGAGCGGACUGAAGGGUAUGGCCCUCAACUUGGAAGCCGACAACGUCGGUAUUGUCGUUUUCGGUAACGAUCGUUUGAUCAAGGAAGGUGACACCGUCAAGCGUACUGGUGCCAUUGUCGACGUUCCCGUCGGCCCUGGCGUCUUGGGUCGUGUUGUCGAUGCCCUUGGUAACCCCAUUGACGGUAAGGGUCCUUUGGACACCGUUGGCCGUUCGCGUGUCCAGGUCAAGGCUCCUGGCAUUUUGCCCCGUCACUCUGUCAACGAGCCCAUGCAGACUGGUAUCAAGUCUGUCGACUCCAUGGUCCCCAUCGGUCGUGGUCAGCGUGAAUUGAUCAUUGGUGAUCGUCAGACUGGUAAGACCGCCGUCGCUUUGGAAGCCAUCCUUAACCAGAAGAACUGGAACAACGGCAGCGAUGAGGCCAAGAAGCUCUACUGUAUCUACGUUGCCGUGGGUCAGAAGCGUUCGACUGUUGCUCAGCUCGUCAGCACCCUUGAGGAGAACGAUGCCAUGAAGUACACCGUCGUCGUUGCUGCCACCGCCUCUGAAGCUGCUCCCCUUCAGUACUUGGCUCCUUUCUCCGGUGCCGCCUUUGGUGAAUGGUUCCGUGACAACGGCCGCCACUCUUUGAUCAUCUACGACGAUUUGUCCAAGCAGGCUGUUGCCUACCGUCAGAUGUCCCUUUUGCUUCGUCGUCCUCCUGGUCGUGAAGCUUACCCUGGUGAUGUCUUCUACCUCCACUCCCGUCUUUUGGAGCGUGCUGCCAAGAUGAACAAGAGCUUCGGUUACGGUUCGAUGACCGCCUUGCCCAUCAUUGAAACCCAGGGUGGUGAUGUGUCCGCUUACAUUCCUACCAACGUCAUUUCCAUCACUGACGGUCAGAUCUUCUUGGAAGCCGAACUCUUCUUCAAGGGUAUCCGUCCCGCCAUUAACGUCGGUUUGUCCGUCUCGCGUGUCGGUUCCGCUGCCCAGACCAAGGCCAUGAAGCAGGUCGCUGGUUCGCUCAAGCUUUUCUUGGCCCAGUACCGUGAAGUCGCCGCCUUCGCCCAGUUCGGUUCUGAUUUGGAUUCCUCCACCCAGUUCUUGUUGAACCGUGGUGCCCGUCUUACCGAAUUGUUGAAGCAGCCCCAAUACUCCCCCUUGUCGAUCGAGGUCCAGGUCCCCAUCGUCUUCGCCGGUGUCAACGGUUUCUUGGAUAAGAUCCCCGUCAACAAGGUCGUCGAAUGGGAAAAGGACUUUAUUCGCCACUGCCAGUCUGAGCACAAGGCUGUUCUUGACGAAAUCCGCACCCAGGGUGUCCUCUCCAAGGACCUUGAGGCCAAGCUCCGUGACGUUUGCGAGAACCACGUCAAGGCCUUCGUGUAA